AUGGGCAAGGUUGUGCAAUUAUUAACUCAUCCGACGGAGUUGCUUGCUGCAAUCAAGUUUUUUGGAUUUAGACAAUCUCUUCACUCAUCAACAUCAUCUCAAGCCAACUCAGAUGAAUUGAAAAGAUGCUAUGAGCUUCUUCACUUGACCUCCAGAUCAUUUGCUGCUGUUAUUGAAGAGUUGCACCCUGAGUUGAGAGAUGCCAUCAUGAUAUUUUAUCUCGUGUUGAGAGCAUUGGACACUGUGGAGGAUGACAUGACAAUCGACCCAGAAACCAAAAUCCCACUUUUGCGUCAUUUUGAUGAGAAGCUUGACACCAAAAAUUGGACUUUUAACGGAAGUGGGCCCAAUGAGAAAGAUAGAGCAGUGUUGGUGGAGUUUGAUGUUAUUCUCAAGAUAUAUCAUGAGUUGAAGCCACAAUACCAGGAAAUUAUCAAGGACAUUACAUACAAGAUGGGUAACGGAAUGGCUGACUACAUAUUGGACGAAAAUUUCAACCUCAAUGGUGUAGGCUCGGUGGAGGAUUAUGACCUCUACUGUCAUUAUGUUGCGGGCUUGGUCGGUGAGGGUUUGACAAAACUAAUGGUGUUGGCCAAAUUCUCCGAUAAAAGUUUGGCAGAGGACAAGUUUGUCAAAUCCAACUCUAUGGGGUUGUUUUUGCAAAAAACAAACAUCAUUCGAGAUUAUCACGAGGAUCUACAAGAUGGCAGAUCAUUCUGGCCAAAAGAUAUUUGGUCCAAGUAUACAGAUUCGCUACCAUCUUUCCAUAAAGAUGCUAGUCAUGAAGACAAAGGAUUGGCAUGUAUUAAUGAGUUGGUAUUGAAUGCUCUUGGCCACGUCAAGCAUGUAUUGGAGUUUCUUUCCUUGGUUAAGGAUCCAUCAACGUUUUCUUUUUGCGCUAUACCGCAGGUGAUGGCAAUUGCUACAUUGGCUGAAGUGUACAACAACCCUAAAGUAUUGCACGGAGUUGUCAAAAUUAGAAAAGGUACGACAUGCAAAUUGAUUUUGGAAAGCAGAACGUUUCCAGGAGUGGUACGGAUCUUUAGGAAAUACAUCCAAGUUAUUAACCACAAGUCGUCAGUUAGGGAUCCAAACUAUUUGAAAAUCGGAAUUAAGUGCGGUGAGAUUGAACAAUUUUGUGAAUCAUUGUACCCAUCAUUGCAUGCCUUACCAAAAGGAGCUAAAUUGCCAGAGGGUCGUUUGACCAAGGCGCUCAAGAGCAGAAAGGAAAUCGACGAGAGCGUGCAAAAGAUUAUCGAUCAAGAGAAUUUUAAUGCUAAUUUUGUAUUCGGUUUUGUUGCUGUGUUGUUCAUUGGUUUAAUUUUGUUUAUCACUGGUUAUAAAUUAUAG